AUGGCGUUCUCGGGUGCUGGAGCAAGUAAUCCUACCUCCUAUUACAGCAACGCUCCUGCUACGGAUCAGAGUGAUCAGACUGCUCGGGCUCAGGAUCAAGGUGACGGAAGGGUUUGGGAUGAUUCUUCUUGGAACCGGGGUGAUCAAUGGGCUUGGCAGGGAUGGUAUAGACCAUACGGCUACCGCUAUCACUGGUCUUGGGGUUCAAAGGCCGAGUGGAGUACAGACGGUGGAGAUUUCUCCAGUGGAUCACCGGGCGAGGGUGAUGAUGAUCAGGGCUCAGGUGGGCGCCAAGAUGAGCAUCCAUCGCAUGAGCUCCGCAGUUCCGAGGGCGAGAAUGCGGGUUACAAUCGGAGGGCUUCUUGGAAUUCUUCCGGGAAGUGGGCUGGAGACUCAUCGACAGGGAUCUCUAAUUCACAUGAUGAUGGGAACCUGGGGUCCGAGGCCACAGCUACGAAGGGCUCUUUCAACGAGAGGAUGGCAGUUCCGGGAUUCGAUGCUCAGAGUUCUGGGGAGGAGCUUGGCAUGAGCGCUAGGUCUUAUCUUCGCCAGGUGGACGCAUGGUGCAAGGUAACGAGGACACCCAAACAUCAGCAAGCCCUUCUACUCUAUCAGAACCUCUCGGGAAGGGCAUGGGUUGAAUCAGAGGAAUUGAGCGUUGAGGAUCUCUCGGGCAACAACGGUGUAUCAAUCUUUCGAGCUUGGAUUCAAGAAAGGUAUCAGGAAGUCGAAGUGUCAAAGAUUGCGGAAAGCCUUACUGCAUUCUUUAAGCGGCUUCGUCGUCAAUCUGGGCAAACCAUCAGGGAAUUCAACUCGGCUUUCGAUAGGAGUCACUCCCGACUCCUAGAAAUCGACUGCCGCCUCCCAGAGGUGGCAAAGGCAUGGGCCUAUCUCAACGCGCUUAGCCUGAGCAGUUCAGAGGAAUUGGCUUUGCUGGCUUCGGUAGGGAAUGAGUACAAUGUGACAAAGUUGCAGCGCGCAGCAGUGUUGCAUGAGAAGUCCCUACGCCCUCCUUGGCAACCCCGGAAAGGGCCUUAUCAGGACAUUGGCGGUAAAGGGCAGAAGGGGGUCAAGGCUUCCUAUAUGACUGGGGUCGAUGAGGUUGAUGAGGAUGAAGAGGUUUACCAGGGGGCAGAUGACGAGGUGCUUGCAGAGGAAGAAGCCGUUGCGAUGCACGAGGCGUAUGUAGCUCAGGAGACCGCAAAAGCCAGAUAUCGUGAGGUCUCCAAAGCACGGGGUGUGGAUCCUAGUGUGCUGCGGAAGGGUGUCAGUGAGAAUCCGGGGAAAUCCAACAUCGAGGAGCGCCUUGCACAGGCGAAGGCACGAUCGUUCUGCGCCGGGUGCGGCAGGCGAGGACACUGGCACAAGGACAGCACAUGUCCUCUCAACAAACCGGAGAACCAGCAGCUCGGCAACAAAGGGAAUGUCCCUAAGUCCGGCGGGGAUCAACAGGCCCAUGUGACAUCCUCCAGCGGUGAUGGGAGCGGAUCGGUUGUUCAGGUUGCUUACGAGGUCGGGUACCCGAGUGGCAACAAACUGUAUGCAAUCACGGACACCGCUUGCAGUAAGUCGGUUAUGGGUCAAGGAUGGCUUGAAUCCUACUUGAAACUGGCGAGGAACGCGGGCCUGGAAACCCAGUUUGUGAACGCCUCGGACGAUUUCAGGUUUGGUGCUUCGAAACUCUUCCGAGCUACAUACACAGCAACCAUCUUGAUCGAGGUUGGCGGUAAACCGUUUGCGGUCAGGGCUUCGGUGGUCGAGGGUGAGGUUCCGCUCCUUCUCAGUCGGAAGGUCCUGAGUGUUUUGGGCAUGGUGUACGAUGUCGAUGAGAACACGGCACGGUUCAAGCACCUGGGAGUCGACAACAUCAUGCUUUCGACCACUGACAAUGGCCACCCCGCCUUGAUCGUGAAUCCGAGGGUAGGUCAUAAUCCCAAGUUGCCGUCACCCCAAGAGUGGGCUGAUGAUGAGGUGACCGCUGGCGAGUGUGACUCCAAGACUAUUUUACCCCAAGAAGAUCAACCCGACUAUCCGGACUUCUGGAUUGAGACACCAAGUGCCUUUGUGAGUGCACCUCGGCAAUUUCAUGUGGGAGUUCGCAUGCGUUACAUCAAGUGCAUGACGCAUGGAGAGGGGAAACGAGUUCACAACAUCCAGUUCUAUGGGUCGGCAGGACUGUUUUCUCCCGAGCUUCCUGUAGCACUCCUUUUGAAGAUUCCCUCUCGAAUCCUGCGGUUGCUGCUCCUGAAGAUGGCCUCCUCAUCCGAGACAACGGGGAAUGUGUGGCACAUGACGAAGGCGCAGCUCAUCUCGAAGGCGAUGGGCAUGGGGAUCACGAUCCACCAAUCUUGGAGUGUGGGCGAAAUUCGCCAGCUUAUCCAGGAGAAGAAGAAGGCCAUGGGCGAGAUCUCAGAGGUCCCGAAAGGGUUGGCAUCAAUGAACAAAGCCCAACUCCUAGAGCAGUGCCGGUUGUUGGAAAUCGAGGUGCCCGAGAAGGCGACGAAUGGCCACUUGACCCUCCUCAUCCGGGACUGUUGCACCAGGAACAAAGGGGAUGCGGUGGUGAGUUUCGGGCGACACCGCGGCAAGUUGUUCCGGGAAGUACCCCAGAGUUAUCUUCGCUGGGCUUUGGCAGAGGUAAAGGAGCGGGGCCCGGAAGGGUCCAGCCCGGACUUAGUGAGCCUGAGCAGGUUCGCGGCGCAAGUCCUCCAGGAGGUUCCCGAGGUGAACAACAAGGAUCCGGAAAUGAACUCCAUGGUGCCAGUGCCGCAGGACGUGGAGUCGGUGGCGAGCUGGGGAUCCGAGGGGUGGAGCGAGUUGUCUCCCGAGGCCCGGAAGCUCAACAGCCAGGCGAACUCAAGGCAGGUGUCGAUGGCUGCGCCGAAGAGCGCUAUGCGGUCCCCAUCGGUGAAGCGAACCACGGAUCAUCAGGGCGAGCCCGGGAAGGCGAUGAUGAAUCAAGAUGUGCCUCCAGAGGUGAAAAAGGAGAUCGACGAGCUGAUGGCGAAGGUGGCAUCGCUAAAGGAUGAAGACCUUCAGAGCGAACCGGAUUUCGAGGUUAAGACCCAGGAGAUCCAUGUCCUCCCCGGGGUACGUGAUGUGGAGAUUGCGUCAGGGGAAGUCUUCUAUGAAUGCCGAAACGGCGACUUCAGUACAGAUGCUGGAGUCACCAAAGUCUCUAGCGAACAUCGUGCGCGAGACCUUCUUCGCAGAAAAGACUUCAGCUUCGAAGCAUGUGAAGGGCUCCUCAUUGACGUGUGUGAACACUGCCAGGCUAGUAGAAAGCGCAAGAUCAUGGAUGGCACGUGCAGUGUGGCCUUCGGGGCCUACUCCCAUGGGAACCACUAUGGGGUGAUCCGGCGCACGUAUCAGCAUUGGUACGUGACGAAGUAUGUGAAUGCCUUCAUGCGUUUCCAUGGUGCCAAGGGUCAGUGGAGUAGUGUGCAGUUGUGUUUCAAUUGUCAUGUCGGUCCUCAUAAAGACGUUCACAACCUCGGGGACAAUUGGACUAUUUCCUUUGGGGACUUUGAGGGCGGACGUCUUUGGCUAGAACACAACGACCCAACCAAGGUUCCAGACGCCAUUGAGUCCCGCGAGGCGAUCCUUGCCGACGGCUCCAAGGCGAUCGGAUGCUUGGUGGAUACAAGACAUAACAUGUACAAGUUCUGUCCCAAGCGAAAACAUGCCGUAGAACAAUGGACAGGGAAUCGUUGCAGCAUCAUCGCCUAUGUCACUCGUGGGAUUGGUGAGCUUAGCAGGCCCGAACGUGAUGUUCUCAGGAGCUCCGGUUUCCCUUUGGGCAGAAGUGAAGGUGCAUGUGCUUGGGAGAAAGAGCAUGAGACGAGGCCGAAGAAGAGCAUUAGGAAGAACCUUUGGAAGGGAGCUCGAAGGGCAAGUUCGCUCCUCACUCUCAGUCUCGCAGCGGCAUCGUCGUUCAUCUCAGAGAAUAUACCCUUUGGAAAACCACCGCAUCAGGCAUGCCUCUUCGAGAUCGGCGGCAAUGAGUUGACGCUGGACAUGAUCGAGGCGGGUUUUCAGGCCAUCGAACCUCUCAGUUGGGGCGACUAUGUUGAUACUAACCAUGCUCUGAAAGUGACUGACGUGAUCAACAAUCUUAAGCCCAAUGUCGUUUGGUUUCAAGGUUGUGAUGAGAGCAACAAUUUCAUUGAGCAGAUCGUGGCCACUGCCGGACAGCAGCUAGAACAUGGCGGUUCUGUUGUAUACCAUGCCGACAAGAACGAUCAUGUCUGGGAGAAUAGGAUCAUGAAAUGCUUCAUGAAUGAGAACGCUCAUCUUCUAGAAGACCAAGGUGAAGCGUGGCUUCUUCGUGUAGGGGGAGUACUUCAUGAUACCGGAGAUUCAGGCGGAGAAUGCGGCAAUCUUGAACAUGAGGCGCAUGUUGUAUCCCACGAUGAUAAGAAAGAUCGACACGAACCCUUAGGUGCAUCAGCUAUUCACUUCAACAAGAAUGUGCCGAAGCAUGUCCAGGCCGCAUUGACCAGACUACAUCAGAACCUAGGGCACCCAAAGAUCACUGACCUAGUUCGUCAUUUGAGGUUCGCCGGUGCUGACGACGAGGUGAUCAAGGCCUGCAAAGGGAUGCGAUGCGAAGUUUGCGAUCGAAACCAGAGGACCGGGAGCGCUAGACCGGGGGUGCUACCUUCACUUCUAGACAUGAACCAAGUGGUCAGUGUCGAUGUCUUUUCGGUCUUUGACUCGGAUCGUGUGCGGCAUGAGUUUCUCUCAAUCAUUGACCACGCCACUACAUUUCACUUGGUGUGCGAGCUUGAGGGUCACUCCGGCGAGGAUUUCUGUAGGCAGUUCACCCAACUCUGGGGAAACGUUUUCGGGGCUCCUGGGACGAUUUCAGCGGACUUAGAGAGCGGGCUCCAGCUUGGAGUUUCCAAGUACGCGGAGUUCCACGGGUGCCGGGUGAGAUCCUCAGCUGGACAAGCACACUGGCAACAAGGGGUAAUCGAGAGACACGGUUACUGGUACCAGGAGAUACUCCAGAGGGUCAUUGAUGAGAAGUCCAUCACGAGUGACGACAUGUACAUGGCGGUCCAGGCGGUGAACAGCGCUAAGAAUGAACUUCGACGUAGACAUGGUUUCUCCCCUACACAAGCCGUAUUCGGUAAAGACCCCAGAGCACCCGAAGAACUAGAGUCCGGAGUUGACGAGGAGAGAUUCAUCGAGAUCAUGUCCGGUGACCAACGUCGACAACGUGAAGUUAGCAUCAGAGCCUCGGCACGCAUGGCAUUCUUCAGAACUCAGAUCGACUCGAAAUUUCGCAGAGGGAUGAUCCAGAGAGCGCGUGUCAAGAGAGGCGGUUAUGCGGUCGGAGAACUUGUAUGUUUCUAUAGGAUCGAGAAGAUUGCUACAAAACGUGGGCAAUGGCGGGGACCGGGCACCAUCAUUGGCCACGAAGGCGGCAACUGGUGGGUGUCGUUCGGGGGACGUUGUCACUUGGUUGCCGAAGAACACUUGAGGCCGGCUACCUCUGAAGAGCUCGGAGAGCUCUUCUCCACCAGGAUUGUGAGGGACGAUUUGGAGAAACUCCUCGAGUUGGAUCCUGAUGACCCCGACACAUACCAACCCCCCGAUGAAGAGAUCCCAGAGUUUGAAGAUCCGUUCCAGGAGUUCCCAAACAACGACCUCGAGGACAUGGACUACGAGCCCAGUCUCCCCGAGGAAGAUGGACAGGACAUGGUUGUUGAUGACGAUGUUCGGGGUGCUAAGCGUGACGGUGACCCUUCUGAUGUGCCUCCUGUUGUUUCUAGACGGGUUCGAAGAAAGGGCCAGGGAGUUCGUGUCCAUUCAGCCAACAUGUUGAAGCGGUGCCAAACGGAGCGAGCCCUCGAAAAGCAGCUCGAAAAGGAGAUACCUUGGAAGUUGGUGCCUCCGGAAGAACAUGCUGCAUUUCGUGCCGCGGAACUAAAACAGAUGAAAGAGCACUAUGAACAUGAUGCACUGGAACCUCUUUCGGUCGAAGAAUCCGCCGAGGUGAACGAUCGUGUACACAGCAGCAGGAUCCUCUCUUCGAGAUUCGCAUAUCGAGAUAAACAUUGGAGUCGUCGGAAGAUCGAUGCGAGUGUUCCUUGGAAACACAAAGCACGCUUAGUAGUCUCAGGACACAGAGAUCCAGACAUCCAACACCUUGAGACGGAUGCUCCCACCAUCGGGCGCCUCACAGUUCUCACUUUGCUGCAGAUAGUAGCCAGUCGUCGUUCGAAGUUAGGAUGGAUGGCAUCAGCUGGAGACAUCACGGCGGCAUUCUUGAACGGAGACCCGUUGGAGAGGGAACUGUAUCUUCGUCAGCCUAGAGGUGGUGUGGAAGGUCUUCUACCAGAACAGCUUUUCAGGGUGAAGAAAGGGAUAUUCGGGCUACCCGACUCGCCUAGGAAGUGGUGGCGGAGAUUGAGGCGAGAUAUGCUGAGCAUCAAGAUCGAUUUCCAAGGACUGACUCUUCGGUUCACACAAUGCCCCUUGGAUCCAUGUCUAUUUCAGCUGUGCGAUCCCGAAUCUGGCAAACCACUCGCUUAUGUCGGGGUUCAUGUCGAUGAUCUCUUAACGGUAGGCCCUAGAGACCUUGUGGGCUGUAUCAAGAGCUCGCUGUCUGCAGUGUUUCCAGUGGACGACUGGGAAGACGACAUGUUUGAGUAUAUCGGAUCUCACGUCAAGGUCAGCGAAGAGGGCGUCUUUGUGGGUCAGGAGUCUUAUGCUAGUUCCAGGUUAUUCGAAGUUGAAGUACAGAAGGGUCAAGAUGAACUGGAACAAGCAACAGAGGCGCAAAGGGUCGACAACCAAUCCCUUAUUGGUGCCUUGUCUUGGUUGAGUGCACAAUCGAGACCAGAUCUUCAGUGCAGUGUGUCACUUGCGCAACAACUCCAGAAAACCCCGACGGUUGAGGAUAUCAAGUUCACCAAUAAGAUCGCAAAGAGAGCUUGGGAGCACAGGGAUAAGGGGAUCUGGCUUCGUCCACUUGACUUGUCAUCCUUGGAAUACUUAGUCUAUCACGACUCUGCCUGGGCUAAUGCACUGUUGGAAGGGGAAGAGCACUUUAUUCUGAGUCCCGAAGAUCAUGAAAAGGGGACUAUGAAGGAAGGCCCCUUCGACAGGAAGGCACGAAAAGCCAAGAAGGAGAAUUCCAAGGUUGCUAGCCAAAUGGGCAUCCUCAUUGCCCUCGUUGAUGCGAACGGCUUCAAAAGUGGAGGCGGCGAGGCUAGCAUCAUCGAUUGGAAAUCUACGGCUAAUCCUAGGGUAUGCCGAUCAACCUUCGCUGCCGAGACCACUGCCUGUUCUGAAGCCGUGGAGAUGGGCCAGUAUGUCCGCUCAUUCGUGGAAUCAGUGCUACACGGAAGCCUGAAGAAGAUUAACGAUGUUGCGGGAUCCAAGCUCAGAUGCCUGACAGAUUGCAAAUCCCUCUAUGAUCAUCUUCACCGUGAAGGAGUACCGCGGGUUCCGUCAGACAAACGCCUGGCUAUAGACCUAGCCGCUCUUAGACAAACAUUCGACCUGGAGCGCGUCCGGGAUAGAAUUCCUCUUUAUUGGGUGCCAACCGAGUUCCAACUUGCCGAUAUCUUGACUAAGCCGAAAAGUCCGGAUGGCUGGUGGGACACAAUUUGCAGUUGCAUCCGAUUACCCUUCGUCAAGAGAGUAGGCGAAACCUCCGAAUAG